AUCAUCUAUUCUCCAUCUUAAGCACUUCUUAAUCUCCAGUAAUGCCAGUGUAAACUCAUUCCACAAAUUAAACACCAUUUUGGGAAAAUGUAUUAACUGGAGCCUAGCCUAUAUUUAACAAUAAAAAAAAAUGUUGUAUCCCCUCAUGUUAUUGUAGUGAGAAUUCAACACAGAGAAAUUAGAGGACUUUAUUCUAUUGGUCCUCUGGACAUAAAUCUUGUAAAAUUAAGUAAGAUUACUUUUUUGCCAUUCUUUUCUCAAGAGAAGAUGAGAGAUCUUAAUCUGUCCCCAUAAGAUAAACCCAUAUCCAUAAUCACCAUAGUACCCUUUGAUCCUCUGAACCCUUUCCAAUAAUUCAAAAUUAUGAGAGGAUGGAUGAAAAUAGACAUAUAACCAAACCUGGAUCAAAAAGGGUUUUUAAGAAAAGCUCACCAAAUGGAAAGAUAACAGUUUAUCUGGGGAAAAGAGAUUUUGUUGACCAUAUAACUAGUGUUGAGCCAAUUGAUGGAGUAGUUCUGGUAGAUCCAAAGUAUGGUAAAGAUCGUUGUGUCUUUGGUCAUGUUCUGGCUGCAUUUCGAUAUGGUCGAGAAGAUUUGGAUGUCCUUGGUUUGAAUUUCCAGAAGGACCUUUACCUUGCAUCAGAUCAGCUGUGCCCUCCAUCAGAUGACCCCAACAAGAAACGCCCACUAACUCAACUUCAGGAACGACUUCUCAGGAAACUUGGACCAAAUGCUUACCCAUUUUAUUUUGAGCUUCCUCCUCAUUGUCCAGCCUCUGUCACAUUACAGCCUGCUUCAGGUGAUACAGGAAAACCAUGUGGUAUUGACUAUGAACUGAAAGUCUACAUAGCAGACACAAUGGAAGAAAAACCACAUAAAAGGAAUUCUGUAAGGUUAGCCAUUCGAAAGGUGAUGUAUGCACCAAGUAAGCAAGGAGAACAGCCAAGUGUUGAAAUCAGUAAAGAGUUUAUGAUGUCACCCAAUAAGUUACAUUUAGAAGUGUCUCUUGACAAAGAGCUCUACUAUCAUGGAGAAGACAUUGCUGUCAAUGUUCACAUAGCAAACAACUCAAAAAGGACAGUAAAAAAAGUUAAAGUAUCUGUUCAACAGUUUGCUGACAUCUGCUUGUUUACAGUAGCACAGUACAAAUGUACGGUGGCUUCCUUAGAAAGCGAGGUUGGCUGUCCUGUUGGUCCUGGGUUUACAUUAUCAAAGGUUUAUUUUCUGAAGCCCCUGUUAGCUAAUAACAAAGACAAGCGUGGCCUAGCAUUGGAUGGACAAUUGAAACAUGAAGAUACAAACUUAGCAUCAUCUACUAUUAUUGCAGAUCUAUCUCAGAAAGAAAAUUUAGGAAUUAUUGUGAAGUACAAAGUGAAAGUGAAGUUAUGUCUAGGACCACUUGGUGGUGAUGUAGUAGCAGAACUUCCUUUUAUUUUGAUGCAUCCAAAACCUGAAGAGCUAGUAACCACACUGUCAGAUCAUCAGUCAAUUUCAGAGAAAAGUGAGGCAGGAAAUAAUGUUUCUUUUGAUACCAAUUUGAUCCAGCUUGAUAUAGAAGGAGUCAAUGAUUCAACUUCUCGAGAGGAUGAUUUUAUUUUUGAAGAUUUUGCAAGGUCAAGACUUAGGGGAGAAACUGAAAUCUGAAUGUGAAAUUUCAACGCCUCUGUGAAUCUCAGUUUAGAAAUUCCAACAUUUAACUCAGUUGAUUCUCAGUGGCCAAUUGUAAUAAUGUUUUUAUGAAGCCCUGCUGCUGUUGCAUGGUUUGUGAUGCUGUAUUCUUUAUUCAUGUGUGUGAGUGUUGUCUCUGUUAUUCAUGUUAACAUAUUAAAUAUCUUAUACAUUAUUAUGAGCUUCAGUAGCAUCAGUAUUGAUGGUACAUUAUCCUUGUACUCAGAAAAACAUGGCAUAUAUAUGUUGCUGUGCAUAUAAGUGUCCUAGUCCAGUUUUGUAUCUAGUGAAAGUUUGUAUCUAAUCUAUUUGUUUGAACCUUUCCACAAAUCAACAUACAAACACAACAGCAGUCAGUAAUUCUUUUGGUUUUGAGAUUAAGAUUGUUAUGUUUACAGUUGCUCAUUUAUCUUUCUAUUGAAGGUUGUAGCCAGGGCCGAAUUUAGAAAUGUGGGGGCCCUGGGCUGCCUCUAUUAUGUGGGGACCCCUUUCAGAAAAAAAUGUAUUCAUCAAUACAUGAUAUAAAAAUAGCUGUAAUCAUGCCCUCUUUAAAACGUCUCUACUUACAGUCUUACUCAUAUCUAGCCACAAAUUUCUUAAUAAAUCUGCAAGUUAUUAAUUACACAAAAUUAGACAUAAACUCAAACACAUACAAAUCAGUUUGGUAUAAAAAAUAAUGUUUAUUAUAUAAAGUAUUGUAUGAAAAAACAUGGUAUUUUAUCAUAUUUCACCAGAGUUUACUAACAUGUGUUUUUUGACAUAGUUCAAAGGAAAGUGUGUAGUGAAGAAAUAAUUACAAUAUACCAGGAACUUUUCAUGACUUUUGUUUAGCGAAAUCCUUGAUAAUAUUACUGAAGUCCAAAUCAUGCAGUAUGUCAUACUCAAUACUCAUUAUCGCUAGCUUACUAAGCCGUUCAUGUGUCAUUGCUGUUUGUAGCCUUUUCCUAAUAAUUUUCAUCUUACUGAAUGAUCUUUUUCCUCUACGGUUAGUAACCAUUAAAACAAGAUAAAUAUGAAGAGCUGUUUUAACAUUGGGGAAAGUAUCUUUCACAGAUUUUUCAAUGAUUAGUUUGUACAGAAAAUGGUGCUGUCCAAUACAGUCAUUUUCUUCAUCUUUAAAAACCUUUGAAAACUCGGCGAACUGAAUCAGUUCAGUACCUAGGGAGCCAUCUAACUCUUUGUUGUACUUGUCAACUAGAAUUUCUGCUGAUUGUUCAAUUUCUUUCAUCGUCAGUGUUUCCAGAUGACCCAAAAAUCCAAAAUUUGAAACAAGUUUUUCAUAUGCUGACAAAUGUUGAUCAAGUGAGCUCGCAAACUGAUCAGUCGCUGGUAGAAAAUUCUCUACAUGAAACUUCUCUGAAGCUGUAAGGUUUGCUUCUGAUUCUUGGCCGUAGUCCAGAUGAUUAAGGCAAACAUUUUUUUGCCUUUCUGUGUUUUUGCAUAAGCUGUUGUGCCUGAUUUCUUAAUGCCUUGAGCUUCAAAUGUAUCAUUAGAUUCACGUUUGUUUUCAACAAACUUCUUAAUUGAUUUAAGAUUUAACAGCUACAACUGCAAUAUUCAAGUCAAGUGUUAGAUCUUGCAAAACAAGUGUUGUUGCAUUUGCCCUGUGUAGAAUUUCAUGCCGGAACACUGUACAUAUACCAGUUUCUAACAUACACAUAUGCUCCAACAAUCCUUUUGCUUGACCAACGUGUUGUAGUUACUUUCUUAGGUACAGUGACUGGACCAUCAGCAGUUUUUAGAAUAUCAGUAAGUAUUUUAUAACGAUGCGUAGAGGCUGAGAAGAACACAUAGACUUGUUCAAGGAAGGAAAAAAAACCUACAGCUGCUGGACAGCAUUCUGCUGCAGCCUUUCCCACUAGAUUCAGUGAAUGCCCUGCACAAGAUAUCCAAGCUGCCAGGUUGUUUACACCAGCUACUGUGGUUUGAAGGCCAUUGUAUCUUCCACUCAUUGCUGAUGCAUUGUCAUAAGACUUGCCACGGCAGUUUUUAAUGUCUUAUCUCACAAAUAUCAAGGAAUUUAAUCAAGCCAUCAAACAUCUCCUGUGUUUUGUGUCCCUGGUUUGGCAUAAAUGUCACAAAUCAUUCAACUGGUGUAGUAUUUACCAUGUAUCGGAAUAUAAGCGUCAGCUGAUCAUAACUACAUAAGUGUACCCUUUUAACAUUAUUACAGCAUACAUUCUUUUUUUCUGAACAUCAUUAAUGCAUACACCCCUCUGUUCCUAACAUCAUUAAGGAAUACACUUCUCUUCUUAACUCUUGUAAUGCGUAUAUUCCGAUCUUGUUCUUUUUAACCAUGUAACUGCAUAUAUUUUUUUACAACCAUUAAUACGUUUAUAUAGCAUUGUUACAAUGGCUGUUUCCCUUUUUUUGUAACAUCAUCAUUACAUACAUUAACAGAUUUGUUAUGUCUCUGUCAAUGUUAAUUAAAUCCUUAUGUUUCUACCACUAGCACUAUUUAAGUUAAACAAUCACUAUUUAUAUUGUCCUCUUUGUAACACCAACUUUUUUGGUAUAAAUUUCCUUAUCUUUUUCUAGCAUCAUCUAUUAAUUUAUUUCUCAUUUCUUCUUAUCAUUACCAAAUACACUGCCGCCUGUCAAGUAUCACCAGGAAUACAUUUUUCUACUUCUAAUGUAACUGCUAAAUGUUUACUUUUUGUUAUACCAACAUUUCUAUAUUAAUUUCUGUUUAAAAGUCCUAUUCACCAUAUUCUCCUGUUUCUAUUCAUCAUAUCUUCCUUUUAUGUUCAGUUUCAUUCUUAGUGAAGUUAGUGUUUUCAGAUUUUAUUUCUGUAGCUAAUUUUUAUAGCCAGUUGUCACAGUGUCAACAUGGAAGUGAAUGAGUCACAAAGAAGAUUGUCACCAGUGGAAAUAGUAAGGAUGGGAAACAUUAUUUACAAGGAAGAAAGUAAUGUUGAAAUGCUUGAUUUAUGUUUGUUAUACUAAGGAGCCUAGUGGUAAGAAUCAAUAAUUAAAAAUAUUUUGCAAAACAUUAUAAGGGUUUGAGUACAAGUUUUGAAUAGAAAAAUAUUAUAAUUUGAUUUUUAUGAAUAGAAAACUGGAAUUGAAACAGAGCACAUAAUAUACUGUGAUAAAGAUUGUUAAUAGUGUCACUGAUCUGGAACAGAAAAGACGAUGUAUUAUGAAGUUUUUAGUUUUAUAAAUAAUCUGGAAUGAUAAAAAUUAUGAUGAUUGUUGAUCAUAUCAUUUAUUUGUAAUAGAGAAAAUGAAUAGAGUUUAUCAUAAAUAUUUUUAAUUAUAUCAAUUGCCUGGAGUAGACGAAAUGAUGACCUGUAAAAAAGGUAGUUUAUUAUAUCAAUUGUAAGAAACAAGAGUUGACAAUCUGUAAUAAGGAUUUAAUUGUAUCAAUGAUAUGGAGUAGAAGUAAUGAUAAACUGUUACAAAGUUAGUUCAUAGGAUGAGUGUCUGAAACAACAUAUUACAGCAAUUUGUAGUAAAGUUUGUUGAAUAUAUCAGUGAUGAUGAACAGAAAAAUUUUUUUUAAGGUUUUUACAGUUGUAAGAACAUUUUAGAAGUAAAAAUAAAAGUUUUUUUAAAUUUCA